CUUUUCGGCCGGGUGGCUGCUGCUGCUUCUUCCUCCAACACCCUUCAGUUGGCGCGCCGGCUGGCUCAGUUAUGGCGACUUCCAGCCCCAGUGUUGUGAUCAGCUUCCGAGAAAGCACGUGUGCACUACGUGCUGCUGCCUGACCAUGCCUGUGGGCUCUUCCUGGUCUACCUGAGUCGCAGCCAGCCUCCUGGCCUUGUGGGCAGACUGAAGCACUGUGCAGAUUGGUGAUGAUGAACCAGGUUAUGACCUAGAUUUAUUCUGUAUACCUAAGCAUUACACCGAGGUUUUGGAAAAGGUGUUUAUUCCUCAUGGACUAAUUAUGGACAGGACCGAACGUCUUGCUCGAGAUGUGAUGAAGGAGAUGGGAGGCCAUCACAUUGUAGCCCUCUGUGUGCUCAAGGGGGGCUAUAAAUUCUUUGCUGACCUGCUGGAUUAUAUCAAAGCACUGAACAGAAAUAGUGAUAGAUCCAUUCCUAUGACUGUAGAUUUUAUCAGACUGAAAAGCUACUGUAAUGAUCAGUCGACAGGGGACAUAAAAGUAAUUGGUGGAGAUGAUCUCUCAACUUUAACUGGAAAGAAUGUCUUGAUUGUUGAAGAUAUAAUUGACACUGGCAAAACAAUGCAAACCUUGCUUGCCUUGGUCAAGCAGUAUAAUCCGAAGAUGGUGAAGGUCGCAAGCUUGCUGGUAAAAAGGACCCCUCGAAGUGUUGGAUAUAGACCAGACUUUGUUGGAUUUGAAAUUCCAGACAAGUUUGUUGUAGGAUAUGCCCUUGACUAUAAUGAAUACUUCAGGGAUUUGAAUCAUGUUUGUGUUAUUAGUGAAACUGGAAAAGCAAAAUACAAAGCCUAAGAUGAGAGUUCAAGUUGAGUUUGGAAACAUCUGGAAUCCUAUUGAAAUCACCAGUAAAGUUAUCAAAUGUUCUAGUUCUGUGGCCAGCUGCUUAGUAGAGCUUGUUGCAUGUAUCUUCUAAGAAUUUUAUCUGUUUUGUAUUUUAGAAAUGUCAGUUGCUGCAUUCUUCAGCUCUUUAUUUGCACUAUGAGCCUAAAGACUAUCAGUUCCCUUUGGGUGGAUUGUUAUUUGACUUGUGAAUGAAAAAAUCUCUUAAACCACACCACUAUUGAAUGGAAAUAUUGUAAUUGUAUCUGUAAGAAAAAUUUAAAGAGAAGAUAUAUUAGUUUUUAAUAGGUAUUUUAAUUUUUAUAUAUUCAGGAAAGUACAGAAGCAAUUGAAUAUUGUUCAUUAUACCACUGUGUGUUGAGAAAAGUAAAAAACAGUCAGGUUUUGUAUUAAUGAGAGCAUCUAAGAGAUAUUGUUAUGGCAGAUAAACCAUAUGUUCUGGAAUUAUUUUAGUAGUGUUUCAGUAUCACUAACUGUAUUUUCCUGCUUGUUCAGAUUAUUUUCAGUGACUCUUUGUCAACAGUUCCUUUUAAAUACAAAUCAAUAAAUUAAAAAAAAAACUUUACCACCUUUUGAAUUCUUCAGUGUAAAAAUCCUUAAAAUAAAGGCUGUCUCUUUAAAAGAAA